UCUUCUCCGUGCCCCAAAACAGACCCGCGGCGAUCCCUAUUCCCAUGCCCCAAAACAAACCCUCUCUUCCCCGUGCGCCUCUCUUCCCCGUGCGCCUCUCCUCUCCUCUCUUACCCUCGCGACGCAUGCCAUCCCCCUCUUCUCACGGACCGCUGUUCGCCGCCACCACCGCCGUUCGGCAAUGCCACCGCCUCUCACCAUCGCGAUGCACACCGCGGCCAUUUGUCUCCUCUCAUGGACCGCCAUUCGCCACCACCGCCGUUCGCAGCCUCUCAGGACCGCCGUUCGCCUCCUCUCAGGACUGCCGGCCAUCGCCGUUUUUUCGAGAUCUUAUCUUCUCCCAUCGGCACUUCCGUCUUCGUAUUCUCAUGGCAUCGGGAUUGUCUAAGAAAAAAAGAAAAGUACCAGCAGCCAUCGAUCCAGAUCUACUACAUUCCACUCAACAGCCAGCGAUCCAGGAGAUGGUCUUGCUGUCACAGUUACGGUCAAGAUACCAGCAGUUUCUUCAGAGCCGUGAUAUCGUGAUUGCACCACCUUUCUCUCAGUCGCCACCAGCUCAUAUUCCACCAGCUUUCUUUAGAUCCGACACCAUCAGAAGUCACACCUUCAGCUCCAUCUCUGACUGUAUUGCACCCCCUCUAUUUAGGUACCAACAGUUUCUUCAGAGUCAUGGUAUCGUGGCUCCACCACCUUCCUCUUAGUCACCAUCAACCCAUAUUCCAUCAGCUUUUCUAGAUCCAAUACCAGCAGAAGUCAUAUCUCCUGCACCACCACCUUUCUUUCAAUCGCCACGAGUCCAUACACUACCCACUGAGCCAGAGCCUACUACGCACAUACAUCCUAUCAUGGAUUUGAUUCCUGAUGUUAGCUCUAUAGGUACGAAUCAUUAUAUAUCUAUUUAUACUUAAUAUCACCUAAAUUUUUUUAAAUUAACAUUCUUAUUGUUGCUUACUUAUCUUAUUGGAUCCAUGAGCAUGGGUGGACGAAAGAAAAGAGGUUGUACUAGAGGGGUUGGGUUAAAUAAGAUAAACAAUGUCCUUGAUAAGAAAAUGGAGAUUAACAUCUCAACAAAAGAAGGACGACCUACUAAUGCUGUUCAAUCUGUCAAGCUAUCAAAUGAGCUUGGUAUGAUAGUUCGAAAUAUCUUACCUGUCAAGCCUAGAUGGACCAAAUUAACAGAGGUGGAGAUGCAGAUUACAUUUGACAAACUAAAGCAAAAACUAGAUGUCAAGGGUUUAAGGACGGAUGAGGAAGUUUGUGCUAGCAUCAAGAAGCUUCUUUCAUUGAAGUCGAAGGAUCAAAGAUAUCGACUACAUAUGUAUUACCUUAACCAUGGAAAGGACUCAAAGCCAAGUACUGUGAGCAUGACAGAGCGGAUAGAUCUUUGUACUUAUUGGAGUAAAGAAAAGAUACAUGGAUCCCAUGAUUCAAGAACUUGUGAAGAUGUGGUUUUGAGGACAUGCAUGGCAGAGGGGCCUUUUACGUUUUAGAUGGAUAAUGAGUUUGUUUGCUUUUGGUUAGAGGUGAAUUGUUUGCUUUUGGUAGAGACAUGGUCUCUUAGUGCUUUUAGUUGAAAAUACUAUCUCUUUGGAUGUCUAGAUAAUUUACUUUUCGGAUUAUAAACUUUAUGUAUGGAUUCAUCUUGA